GCGUUGGGAAGGCAGCACACACGGGAAGUUCUCCUGAAGGAAUGUCUGACAGGAAUGGAACAUAUUGAGGUUCAGGCUGGCAGUUCAGAAUAACCACGACUACUAGACAUAGGCGACGUUCCUGUCUAGCUGUGGGUCUGUGAGACAGACUGUAGCCGUGGAACCGAUGAGUUCAGCCGGUAACCGCGUCGCUGGACGGGGAGCGGUGAAAGGAUUUGUCCAUAAAGUCCAUUCUCCUCCCUCGUCCCUAAAUGAUUCACUGGAGGGAGAAAUCCAGGCCUUCCUCAUUGAUGAAGACCAACUCCACACUUAUGACGACCUCACCAAAGUCAACCCAGUGAACCGUUCAACAGUGUUGAAAUGCCUGCAGGCCAGGUACAGCGUGAAGGUGUUUUACACCCAUGCUGGCUGCACCUUGGUGGCUCUAAACCCCUUUCAGCCAAUCCCAGACCUCUACUCUCUGGAGGUGAUGAAGGAGUAUCACAGCGCUCCUCAACCUCAGGAGUUCAAACCACAUAUCUUUAUCGUAGCAGAAGAAGCCUACAGGAAUGUUCAGGGCCAGUUGGAGCCAGUGAACCAAUCCUUGGUGGUCAGCGGUGAGAGCGGUGCGGGAAAGACAUGGACGUCUCGUUGCCUGAUGAAAUACUACGCUACUGUGGCGGCCUCCUCCUCAGUGGUGAAGAGUCAGAACACAGUGGAGAGGAUAGAGAGGAGGGUGCUGGAUUCCAACCCCAUCAUGGAAGCUUUUGGCAAUGCCUGUACGCUACGGAACAGCAACAGCAGUCGCUUUGGAAAGUACAUCCAGCUCCAACUAGACAGGUGUCAGCUGUUGGUGGGAGCAUCUGUGCAGACCUAUUUGCUAGAGAAGACCAGGGUGGCCUGCCAACUGGCUAAUGAGAGGAACUUCCACAUCUUUUACCAGAUGCUGAAAGGAGCCACAGAUGAGCAGAGAAAGGAGUGGAAGAUGCCACGUGGGCAAAGUUUUGUGUGGCUGCCAAAUUCUGAAAAAACAGUUGAGGAGGAUUGUUUUCAUGAGACAGUCGAGGCAAUGGUUCAUCUGGGCAUUAAUGCAGAGAGGCAGAGACAAAUAUUCAGGAUAUUAGCAGGGAUUCUGCAGUUGGGGAACGUGAAUUUCUCCACUUCAACAGAUGAAUCCCAAGCUUGUAACCUAGAUGAACAGUCCAAAGACUUUUCUCAGAGGGCUGCUGAGCUGCUGUGUGUCCCCGCUGAGGAGCUUCAGAUGUGUUUACGUGUGAGGACGUUGAAGGCGGGGAAGCAGAGCGUGAUCAAGCCCUGUUCACAGACAGAGUGCAGCAUGAGGAGGGACUGCCUGGCCAAGGUCAUCUACGCCCGAUUAUUCGAUUGGCUGGUAACAUUCAUCAACAAUAGCAUAUGUGCAGACAAAUCCACAUGGUGCAACUUCAUAGGAGUUCUAGAUGUGUACGGGUUUGAAUGUUUCCAGAUCAAUAACCUGGAGCAGCUGUGCAUCAACUACGCCAACGAGAAACUGCAGCAGCACUUUGUUGCUCAUUAUCUCAGAGCUCAGCAGGAGGAAUACGUGUCAGAGGGGUUGGAGUGGUCCUUUGUCAAAUACCAAGACAACCAGAGCUGUCUGGAUCUUCUAGAGGGAAAUCCUGUCAGUGUGUUUUCUCUUCUUAAUGAGGAAAGUCGUCUUAAUCGAGCCUCAGACGCAAAGACAUUCAGGGUUCGUUUGGAGAAGGAGCUCUGUGAUAAUGUCAACAUCAGCUGGGACAAGUUCAGCAAGGUGCCACACUUCACUGUGGCCCAUUACGCUGGCAAAGUCCACUACCAGAUACAGGGGAUGGUGGAGAAAAACAAGGACCCAGUGCCACCAGAGCUCACCAGCCUGCUUCAGAAGUCUGACAACCCCCUGGUUCACCAGAUCUUCACUGAUAAGGAAACCGAGAACCCGACUACCAAGGGGCUCAGUAAAGUCACUGUGGUCUCCAAAUUCAAGAACUCUCUGGAGAGCCUGAUGAGGAUCCUCCACACUACAACUCCUCACUACACUCGCUGCAUCAAACCCAACCCAGACUGCAAGCCGCUGACCUUCAAAAAAGAGGAGGUUAUCAUGCAGUUGGAGGCUUGUGGGAUUGUGGAGACUAUUCAUAUUAGUGCUGCUGGCUUUCCAAUCAGAAUUCCUUUCAAAGGCUUCAUGCAACGUUAUGGGCUCAUUGGAAAAUAUUCAAAUUUCAAUUCAUUGAGUCGGUGUGUUGAUGUGGAGGCUGACAGCAGCGACAGUCCUCGGCAAGAGGUGGAGAAGCUCCUGGGCGUCGUGUUACAGCACAAGGCUUUUGACCCCUCACACAACCAUGACAGUGAAAAACCCAAUUUAUGGGUGCACUGCGGAAGGACUAAAGUUUUUCUCACCCAGUUGAUGCUAGAUUCACUGGAGGAUCAGAGGAAGAAGAUCCUGUCUCGGUGUGCCUUCUCCAUUCAGUGCUGCUGGCUGAAGUACCAGCGCCGCAGACGUCAUGCUCGCCAGCAGUCUGCCACUCUGAUCCAAGCAGUGGUGCGGUCGUGGCUGGUCAGGAGGCAGGUCAGGAGAUGCAACAGAGCAGCUGCAGUCAUCCAGAACAAAUGGAGGAAGUGGAGGGCACUAUUGAGGUCCUUGGCCGAGGCAGAACUGGAUGACGCAAAGGACCUCGCGGAGGAGGACGUGCCAGUACUGAACCCAGUCAUCAGGGAGCGGGGCUCAGUGCAGCUCUCCUCUAUCCAGGAGCCUGUCACAGUGCGAGGGUGGCCCAUGGGCCUGGCUCUGGCCUCGGCCCCGUCCAUCACCAUGUCUCUGACAGCCACAGGCUUCCAGAAGAUGGUGUCUGUGAUGGCCUCCCUCAAGCUGCCCUCCAGGAGAGGGGAGUAUAAGGUGAAGCCCAAUCAGUACUCGCAGGAGCUAGCCUCCAUACGAGCUCAACCCAAGGGAUCUGUGAAGCUGCACUAUCAGCGAUCUCCACUUCUCUAUGCUGACAUGCAACCAGACCUGAAGAGUGACGUGACAGGAUUCAACGCGAUCCUGCUAGAGAAAACUUUGUAAGCAUUCCCCCUUUGCUGAACACUAAAGGUGGAUUUAAUUUACAUGUGUUAUUGCAGCGAAGCAUCUGCUCUUCUAUAAUCUGACAGAGGGAACAAACUUGUUUUUUUCUAUGCUGUCAUUUUGUUAAAUGUGUUUAAAAGUGAUCAGUUAGUUUUCUUGAAGAAUGCCAAAGUUGGAUGCAAAGAAUGGCAAAACCUACACCCUAGCAUAAGAAUGUUUAACCUACCAGGUCAGGUAACAUAAUGCACUGGGCUGUGAACCUGACUUCAUCAUAAAUCAUCUGUAGUCACCUUCAGGCUCCAGGAGGAAUUUUUUUUUUUUUUAGAUCUGAUUCAAAAUCACUGAACCACUGACCUGCCACAUCUGAGAUUAGACAUUUAAAUAAUUGAAUGGGGUUUGAGUUAUGAUGAUGUCACUGCAUGGCAGAGCCUUUGUCCCUGUUUGGAAAACUGAAAUUCAUUCAAUCAUAGCACCUUUACCACAGAGGACUGCAGGAUUUUGUCUCAUUUUCUUUGGAACAUCUGACUAUUGAUCAAAGUAUUGGGCCUUUGGCGAGUGCCUUUCUUAAAAUCUACACUCAAAUCACAAAUGGGCUGUUAGUAUUGUAUUUAUUUGUGAUUUUUAUAGGUUUAUUUUGGGUCGGAUGCAGAUAUUAUUGCAGAUUCUAUCAUAACAUCCUACAUCUGUUUUGAGUGUGAUUUAUGGGGGGGGGGGGGGUGUAAUUAAGCAACUAUUGCACAUGUAAAGCACAUAUUGCACAUUAAAACCACAGACCUGCCCACAUACAGCAACAAGCGGACAUGAACAAGCAGACACACCACUUAUGUGAAACAGGGAAAGGAUGAACAAAGGUUUAUUCAAAUUGCUGCUUUUUUGUUGCAUAUAGUUUUUUAUAUAUAUAUAUACACUUGUAAAAUAUUUGCCGAAACCACAUUGUGUCGAUUUGAAUCUGCUGCAGUCCAAAGCAAUAAUGCAAGUACUGUAUAACAUACCAAAGUCUUUUAACACUAGUGUUUUGUGUAUGAGAACACACACCAUUAUAUCCAUCAAGUUAUGCUAUAUUUGUAAUUUGAAUAUGCAAAACAUUGUUUGCUUAAAGUACAGUUACAAGUUAUUCAUGUAACUGAUCAUGAUGUUUAACAUGUUUUUAUCCUAUGCAUUACCUACAGAAAGCUGUUGAUUCCUUUCAUAUCUUGAUUUGCUCACUCUUAACCUUUUUCCAGCUAUAUGUUCACUCAAAUUUGUCAUUGUCAGUUUGUAAUUUGAAAUGUGUAUACCAUUUUGUCAGCAGCCAGUACCAAGGGAUUAAUGUUUAACUUGAAAUACGUUAAUAUUUAAUGACUUGUCAUGAUGAUUAAUUGUCUUGA